GUUUUAUUCUUCAUCUCUUUCCUUCCUUCUCCUCUCUCUUUCUAAGAGCAUAGUUGAGAGUAGCUUUGGUUUUAGAGAGGAUGGAAAUGAGAUCAACUCCAAGUAAUGAUCUUUAUCAUCUACCCUUUACCAUGAAGAGGAGCUGGAGAAACCACCAUGGACACCCACAAACUCCUCACCAUCAUCACCAUCAAGAAGAUGAUACAUCUCUUUCUGUUUCUAGCUUGUCCAAGAUUAUUCUUCCACCUCUGGGUGUCUCUAGCUACAACCACAAUCCUGUAGAGACUAAAGGUUGGAUUGUAUCUCCUAUGAACUCCAAAUACAGGUGUUGGGAGACAUUUAUGGUGGUUUUGGUAGCUUACUCGGCAUGGGUUUAUCCAUUUGAAGUAGCAUUUCUGAAUUCUUCUCCAAAUAAAAUGCUUUACAUUACAGACAACAUCGUUGAUCUGUUUUUCGCCAUUGAUAUUGUCUUAACCUUCUUUGUUGCUUAUAUUGAUUCGAGAACCCAGCUACUCGUCCGUGACAGAACAAAGAUUUCUAUCAGGUACCUAUCAACUUGGUUCUUGAUGGAUGUGGCAUCCACUAUCCCAUUUGAAGCCUUGGCCUACUUCUUCACCGGCAAACAUUCUAUGGGUCUCUCUUAUUCCCUCUUGGGUAUGCUCAGAUUUUGGCGUCUCCGGCGAGUUAAGCAGCUCUUCACUAGGCUGGAGAAGGAUAUAAGGUUUAGUUAUUUCUGGAUCAGAUGUGCUAGGUUAAUAAUUGUGACACUGUUUCUAGUGCAUUGUGCUGGGUGCCUAUAUUACUUACUAGCUGACAGAUACCCACACCAAGGAAGAACAUGGAUAGGUGCUGUGAUCCCAAAUUUCAGAGAAACAAGCCUUUGGAUUAGAUACAUUUCAGCUUUAUAUUGGUCCAUAACCACCAUGACCACAGUUGGUUAUGGAGAUCUCCACGCUGUGAACACCAUGGAAAUGAUCUUCAUCAUCUUCUACAUGCUCUUCAACCUUGGCCUCACUGCUUAUUUGAUCGGUAACAUGACGAAUCUCGUCGUCGAAGGAACUCGCAGGACCAUGGAAUUUAGGAAUAGCAUUGAAGCAGCAUCAAAUUUUGUGUGCAGAAACCGGUUGCCCCCGAGAUUGAAAGAGCAGAUUUUGGCUUAUAUGUGUCUGAGAUUUAAAGCUGAGAGCUUGAACCAGAAUCAUCUGAUUGAACAAUUGCCAAAAUCAAUCUGCAAAAGCAUCUGCCAUCAUUUGUUUUUGCCAACUGUGGAGAAAGUCUAUCUUUUCAGCGGAGUCUCCAGAGAAAUUCUCUUGCUCCUGGUUGCUGAGAUGAAAGCUGAGUACAUUCCACCAAGAGAAGAUGUGAUUAUGCAAAAUGAAGCACCUGAUGAUGUUUAUAUAAUUGUUUCUGGAGAAGUAGAAAUUAUUGAUUCUGAUCUAGAAAAGGAGCUAGUAGUUGGUACUCUGCAGUCUGGAGACAUGUUUGGAGAAGUGGGUGCACUUUGUUGCAAGGUACAAAGCUUCACAUUUCGAACCAAGACACUUUCACAACUCCUGAAGCUCAAAACCAGUACUCUGAUAGAUACUAUGCAGACCAAACAAGAAGAUUAUGUAGCUAUAAUUAAAAACUUUCUCCAGCAUCACAAGAAGCUCAAGGGUUUGAAGCUUGGGGAAUCUCUGGUUGAUGAUGGAGAAGAAGAUGGUGAUCCAAACAUGGCCUUCAACUUGUUGACAGUAGCAAGCACAGGAAAUGCUGCUUUUCUUGAAGAACUUCUCAGGGCAAAGUUGGAUCCUGAUAUUGGAGACUCUAAGGGGAGAACCCCAUUGCAUGUUGCAGCGUCAAAAGGGCAUGAGGAUUGUGUCCUGGCACUACUAAGACAUGGAUGCAACAUAAACUUGAGAGAUGUUAAUGGAAACACUGCUUUAUGGGAAGCUUUAUCAUCAAAGCACCAAUCUGUAUUUAGAAUUCUGUAUCACUUUUCCAACAUUGAUGAUCCUCACACUGCUGGUGAACUUUUAUGCAAAGCUGCAAAAGAAAAUGAUCUGACAAUGAUGAAGGAACUCUUGAAACACGGGCUGAAUGUCGAUGCGAAAGAUCGACAAGGAAAAACAGCAGUCCAAAUUGCCAUGGCACAGAAUUAUGUAGACAUGGUAGACUUACUGGUAAUGAAUGGUGCAGAUGUUUCUGCAGCAAACACAAGUGAGUUUUCUUCUACAACUCUGAAUGAAAUGCUGCAAAAGAGAGAAAUUGGACACAGGAUUACAGUGCCUGAUACAGUAACUAGUGAUGAAGUGAUUUUAAAGAGGAAUCAAGAAGAGGAAGAAGGCAACUCAUCUGGCAAAUCCAAUGGAUGGGAAUGCAGAAGAGUAAGCAUAUAUAGAGGCCACCCUCUGAUUAGGAAAGAGACUUGCUGCUUGGAACCUGGGAGAUUAAUCAGAUUGCCAAAUUCAAUGGAGGAGCUCAAGAGCAUUGCAGGUGAAAAGUUUGGAUUUGAUGCAAGAAAUGCCAUGGUAACAGAUGAAGAAGGUUCAGAAAUUGACUCCAUUGAAGUGAUUAGAGAUAAUGACAAGCUUUUCAUAGUUGAAGAUCCAAAUUCCUCAAUGUAACCAAAGAUUAUUAGUGAUUUAAAGUCUAUUUGGAUCCUUCAAUUUUGUAAUAUAAUGAUCUCCAAUACAAUCUAAAUGCAUAGGCAUCUCAUAUCAUCAAUGGAAAUUUCUUCUCCCCUUGGUUUUCUUUCCA